UCAAUUUUUUCGAUUUUGGUUUCAAUUUUUAAAACCUAUUUUUGUUUUUUUUUGUUUUUGAUUUUGAAAUUUGAAUAUCGGUUUUAAAUUUGUAAGUUAUUUAAUUUUCUACGGGUUGUCACCAUUGGGUGACUUUCCCCUCCCGUAAUUUAAACCACGUCUAGGCACUGCUUUCUGAUAAUAAAUAAUAAAAGUGGUGUCAAAAUUGGUGCCCAGGUUAGUGACUAGAAUGGUGGCAAAAGACGGUAACUAAGACGAACCAAAGCUACAACGGUAUUAUACGACGGACUGACGACGUACAAUCACCGCGGCUGACACUUGUUCACUGUUCAGCGGCCGUAUUCGAACAUUACUGCAUUGAGUUGCCUAUAAUAUGUAGGCUUAUACAGAAUAAAUCGGAAUGAGGAACGCUAACAUGAUCAAUAUCCUAAUUUUUCCUUACUUCAAAAAAUAAGUAAGUAUAAGUACUUGAAACAUUUCAAUAUUCUUCUGUUACUUAUUUAUUCUUUUUCUAUACCUACUCAAUAAAAUGUUCAAAAUGUUUAGUCUAAUUUUAAGCUAUUUAUACCACGAAUGAAUUAACGAUGAACUAAUUGACACGAGACUACGGUAAGUCAUCGGAAUUCACUUAUAAUAUCUUUAAAUAUAUAUACCUACUAUAGUCUAUAGUUGAAUUACCCGGCGUUGCCCGAAAAAAUUCUGAUUGUACAAAUCCUUUUGGGUGUAACACUCGCUGGGUAAGCAAUGUCUUUUUGAAGUGUAGGUACAUUAUCAGAGCUUGAAACCGUAAAUAUUUUUUCCUAUUUCGAUUUCGGUUUCGGUUAUCGGUAUUUAUUUUUCCGAUUUUGAUUUCAGUUUCUGAUAUCAGUAUUUAUUUUUUUCUGAUUUUAAGGUGUAGAAACAAUUAACAAUUUUAAAAUAGGUACUCAUAACUCGAUUAAAAAAUUAAAAUAAAAUUGCCUACGAUACGCCCUAGAUAAUAAUAAUACCUUUGACACUUAUAAGAGGUUAAUUCACUCUGAUUUUUAAAUCUACUAAAAUUUGUUAUGUUCGAACUUGUCAGACGGUGACAACCAAUGUCUGUGUAUCGUCCAUUAAUCCUGAAAUAAUACAAAAAUUAUAGGUUAAAAAAUAAUAAAUUGUAUUCAAUAAAUUAAAAGUUUUAAGGGGAAACAAUAUUAGCUUAACUCAGUUUAAAAUAAUUCAAUCUACUUUUUUUCAAUCAGUAUGUGGAUCACGUAAAAAGUGACUGCUUUCUAUCUUAUUUCUUAAAUUUUAAUAUUAAUAUUUAAGUAUAAACAAUAAAAACAAAAAUCACCAUUUUUUUUUUUAAUUACAUACCUAGUUAUCUAUUUUUUUGUUUUGUAACUUAUCAAAUAAGUAGCUUUAGGUAUAUGCCGAGACAAAAAAAAAAGGUUUGCAAAUAUAAUUAGUUUUAGUCAUAUUUUAAUUUAAUCAUAUUUAUUUGUUGUAGAUAUUUGAAUGUGUUAUUAAUUGGGUAAAACAUGAAUUAGAUAGUAGAAAUGACAGUUUGCCUAAAUUAAUGGAACAUGUUCGUUUGUCAUUAGCACCCGAAGAGUAUAUAUCAAAAAAUGUAGUUGAUGAACCUCUUAUUAAAAAUAAUCUUAAAUGUAAAGAUUUUGUCAUUGAGGCUUUAAAUUUCCAUAUCAUAAAGAAACAUCGGCGCAUUACUAUACCACACACAAUUCGUAAUUCACCUAGACAGACUGGACUUAAAUUUCUUCUUGCCGUGUCAUCUAGGUUUGGGAAGUGUGAUACAGGCUGGUAUAAUCCAGCAACCAAACUAUUGCAUAGAACAAAAAAAAUGAAAAUAGGAUUUAAUUUAUGUGCUCUUGCCUUAAUAAAGGAUCAUUUAAUUUUUGCCUUGAAUUGCAAUGAACCUAAUUUAAUAUCAACUAAAAUGAUUUUUAUUCAGUAUUUAUUUUUUUCUGAUUUCGUUUUUGGUUUUGAAUUUUUCCGGUUUUGAUUACCGGUAUUGGUUUUUUUCGGUUUCGGUAUUGAUUUCGGUUUUUAACGGUUUUAACCGGUAUUCAAAAUCGGUAUGAA